AGGAGUGGCACUUUUUAAAAGUGCAGCCCGAGGCCAGCCUGCAGCCACCGGCACGUCUGUCCAGCGCCGGCUCUCGCCAGUCCCCGCCGCGCGCGUCCCGAGUCCUACACGAGUCCGGCCCCGGCCAGUCCAGCCCGCACCAUGCCGGUCAAGGGAGGCACCAAGUGCAUCAAAUACCUGCUCUUCGGAUUUAACUUCAUCUUCUGGCUCGCCGGGAUUGCAGUCCUCGCCAUUGGACUAUGGCUUCGAUUCGACUCUCAGACCAAGAGCAUCUUCGAGCAAGAAAAUCAUAAUAAUUUCAGCUUCUACACAGGGGUCUACAUUCUGAUCGGGGCCGGGGCCCUCAUGAUGCUGGUCGGCUUCCUGGGCUGCUGCGGCGCUGUGCAGGAGUCUCAGUGCAUGCUGGGAUUGUUCUUCGGCUUCCUCUUGGUGAUAUUUGCCAUUGAGAUAGCUGCGGCCAUCUGGGGGUAUUCCCACAAAGACGAGGUGAUUAAAGAUCUGCAGGAGUUCUACAGGGACACCUACAACAAGCUGAAAAACAAGGACGAGCCCCAGCGGGAGACGCUGAAGGCCAUCCACUACGCGCUGAACUGCUGUGGGGUAGCUGGAGGCGUGGAACAGUUCAUCUCGGACAUCUGCCCCCAAAAGGAAGUAUUAGAAGGCCUCGCGUUGCGGUCCUGCCCUGAAGCCAUCAAAGAAGUCUUCCACAACAAAUUCCACAUCAUCGGCGCCGUGGGCAUCGGCAUCGCCGUGGUGAUGAUAUUCGGCAUGAUCUUCAGCAUGAUCCUGUGCUGUGCGAUCCGCAGGAGCCGCGAGAUGGUCUAGAGUCAGCCUACGUCCCUGAGCAGGAAGCCUGACCCCCGAAGAUCGAUGGGUGUUUUCGUUGUUUCGCCACUAACUUUAGUAUUCAUUCCGCAUUUCUAAACCAGAGAUAAAGUUACCUUAUGUUUGUCUUUUUAAUGCUUCACUCAACAUUGAUAUUUGUAGUUGAAUGGGGGGGAGGGGUUGGUUUGCUUUAGUUUAUAUAUUUUAUUCGGUUGUUUAUUUUUGCUUGUUAUGUUAAGCAGAAAUCCUGCCAUGAAAGGUACUAUAUUUGCUAGGCUCUAGACAUAUUGUACAUAAAAGAGAAUUUUUUUUGUCUUUAAAUAGAUAGAAAUGUCUAUCAAGUUUAAUCAGGUUGUAACUUAUAUUGAAGACAAUUUGAUACAUAAUAAAAGAUUAUGACAAUA